AUGCUUGCCAUCUGUGAUCAAGAUAUCUUCGCUCGUUUUGCGGAUGUGGCCAAGAUGCGCAGCAUGGACAGGGAGACCUUUGGUGAUGCCCGCCGACCUCCACGCCCUGGCGGCAUGCGGAGAAAUCGUGCCGGCAAGGGCAAGGAAGAUGGACAUUCUGGUAUCUCCCAUCUGUACACAUAUGGCUCGGAGGUAGACAUGAAGGUGUGCGGUUUUGGCUGGACCCGCGCAGACCUGAAGUGUUUGUACGCGGAAAGAACCGGUUCUCAAAAAAGCCGCCUAGCCGUUAAUGAAAACCUCAGCACCUGGGUGGGGCCUGGACAGCUGAAUUGGAGGCUGAUGGCUGUGGACAGUCUCGACUCUGAGAAGGCAGGAGAGCCCGACAUAACCUCAGAGGAUGUGAGGGAGGCAGAGGAAACCGAAGAGCAGCUCAAGGCAACGCUGGAUGGUGCAUGGCAACAGCUGGAGGGGACAGCUCGCGCGCCCAGCCAUCCACGCUUCCUGGUGUGGAAUGGCUUCGGUCAUGUAGCAAACUAUCCGGAUCUUCUCCGCAUCGAGGUGUGCCGGUCGGGGGAUGAGAAGCCGGUGGGGCUUCAAGACUACGAUGGCGUGCAGAUGGCCGCAAUGUCGGAAGGUGCCUUGUGCCUAGCUGCACGAAGCACUGCAGCAGGGGGGUCUCGCGUGUUGAUACGCCCGACGCAUCGCUGGGAGAAGGCGCUCUUCUCCGCACCGAUCUCUGACGAGAACCCCGAAGCCCUUGCCUGCGGCGAGGAUUUCGUGGCGGUCAUCACUUCAUCACGAUUGCUCCGGCUGUUCAGCUUCAGUGGUCUUCCGUUGGGCAUGCGCAGCUUGCCAGGCCCCGGCGUCGCCCUCGCAGCGCGAGGCAAACUGCUGCUGCUGGUCACCCGACCACCUGGGACGGACGAGGACGAGGAACUGGAUUUCCGAUUGCUGGACGUGAAAACCAGGAUGGAGAGGGCAGGUGGACUUUUGCCUCUAAGCGAAGGGGCUCGCCUGCGCUGGAUCGGAAUCUCCACGGAUUUCGUCCCAUUGACGCUUGACACUUCUGGGGUGCUGCGCGCGCUUCUCGGGAUUGGUGCUGGCUCCUGGGGUGGGAAUGGACUGAAUGCGGAGUGGACGCCGGUCCUGUCCUUGGCAGAUGAGGUGCCGCUGUGGGUGGUCGAUGCGCCAGCUUGCAGCCUUUGUGUAGUGGAGCUCUUGGAGAACAGGGAGCCUUGGCCGAGACCUCAACAGGCUGAUGAUGAAGACGAAAAGCCCUGUCUCAUGCCCUUCUUCGGCGUGGGAGGAACCGUCGCUCCGCGCCGUCUGCCUUGGCGGAUGACUAUGGGAUCCUUCCCUGCCGCCGGCGAGCAAAUCGAGGCCGCAUUCCGCGAGCAGCUGCUUCUCAGGCACUUCCAGGACAUGCUUAAGAUGGAUAUGCUCAGCGAGCAGCAGCAACAGGAGGCUGAUGCCUUGGAGAAGAGAUGCAAGAGUCGGAUGCUGAAGCUUUUUACGCAGCUCGCCAAAUCCGACGAAGUGGAGCGAGCUCAUCAUGUCGCAGGGAAAUACCUCGCGAAGAUGGAAGGCACGGCGAAGGUCCUGGAGAUGGCUCGGACUCUUGCCGAGAAGGCCAAGCAACACAAGCUUGCGGAUGAGAUUGCGGCUUUGCUACGACCAGCGUCAGUGCCGAGGGUUGAGCUUCCCCCGCUUUUCAAGCCCGGAGAGUUCGAAGACGCAGGCCAGCAAGGCGCUGACAGGUCGGAGCAAAUGCCUACAGGUAGCCGAAGUCCGGAAAGACUGCAGACAGGAGCUGGAGAGGGCGAGGUGCUUCGCGCUUCGGCCGCCGUGUCAACAUCCCACCGUGCCGCAGCAUCCAGCGCGUCCAGCGCACCUAGCGCACCGAGUGCGCCGAGCAAUCCCUUCGCACGAAAGCGACCUGGAACGGUCGCGGGUGGCCGCCAGCCCGCUACUCCAAUGGCGAGUGGGGGCAAUGCGAGCUCAAAGGUUGCCCGCUUGACGUGA